AAAACGAGUUGAAUGGACGCCUGUUUUCUCAUUCACAGGGACACAUGGUAUAUUUAGAGAAUAUCCAUAUAUAAUACGUUGUCACUCUAGUUUCACAACCAACAUUCCACGAUAAACAUCAAAACAAAAAUCGACAGUUGAAUUGAGCCCGAAGAUCGCCGACGGUAGGCGGAAAUAGUCUGUGCUCGCUUCCGGUUUCAGCGCGGAAGAAAGAAGAGAAAGGAGUGUUAUUUCGUGGUACCUUGUAUUGUACUUAUUCGAGAAUAUGACCUAAAAUUCCGAUGUAGUCUGUGUUUGAAUUGACUGAGAUCACCAUGCCACGCAAACGACGAAGUGGUGGUUGGUGUGGCUGUUUUGGUGGUGGCGACGACAUACCUGAGAUUACCUAUGGUGUCGACAAUGGCAUCCAGUUGCAGCCGAUGGAGUUGUCGUCACCGAUGCCACCCAUUGAGGAGCUCAAUGCAAAAUUUGCUGAACUUGUGGAUGAACUUGACUUAUCAGCUGUCCACAGGGAGGCUAUGUUCAAUUUACCAGCUGAGAAGAAGUGGCAAAUCUAUUGUAGCAAGAAAAAGGAACAAGAGGAUCCCAGCUCCACCAGCUGGCCAGAUAACUAUAUUGAUAGGUUGAACUCGAUGUCCACAUUAACACUCAUAGCUCCAGAUGAUGAAGAGAUUGAAGUGCGUAGUAAAUUGGUUGAUGGCCUGAAAACUGCUCUGAGAACCCAACCGAUGCGGUUUGUGACAAGAUUUAUUGAGCUCGAUGGGUUAACGUGUUUGCUUAAUUUUCUAAGUAAAAUGGACUAUGACACCUUAGAAAGUCCAAUCCACACCUCCAUAAUUGGCUGCAUUAAAGCCUUGAUGAAUAACUCACAUGGGAGGCAACAUGUACUAUCACAUCCACAUAGUAUCAAUGCUAUAGCAGAGUCGCUGAGUUCUGACAGCAUCAAAACCAAGACUGCAGUAUUAGAAAUAUUAGGUGCAGUUUGCCUGGUUCCAAAUGGACAUAAGAAAGUAUUACAAGCAAUGUCCCACUAUCAGAAGUAUGCCGCUGAGAGAACCAGGUUCCAGUUGAUGGAACGAAUGGCCAAUGAGGAUGAAGUAUUGAAAAAACAAAGUGAAGAAUUCGAAAAAGAACGAGAGGAAAUGAGGGCUCAGUUGGAAAAAGUCGAAAGAGAGUGUGAGGCAAGAGCAGAAGAAAAGGCUAGCCAAGGUGGUCCUCUACCAGAAAGCAGUGUUGGAGUACAAAGUGGAAUACCACCUCCUCCCACAUUUCAACCUGCUCCCCCUCCACCACCACCUGGACCUGGACCAAUACUGCUGCAAACAGGAUUACCUCCACCUCCGCCACCACCACCACCAUCAUUUGGUGCGGCACCGCCACCUCCGCCUCCUCCAGGAGCUCCGCCUCCUCCGGGUGGCCCUCCGUUAUAUAGCAGCUCGAUGAAUAAUGCCUUUCCACAAAGAAGAAAAGAUCUGCCUAAACCUGAUACUGCGCUGAAGUCUUUCAAUUGGUCUAAAAUGCCAGAAAGAGAUGCAGUCGGCACAUUAUGGCAAGACCUCGACGAGUCUAAGGCUGUGAAAGUGAUAGACCUUGAUGAAUUUCAAAAGACGUUUUCGGCGUACCAGAGGACGAAAGUGGAAGAUGACGAAAUGACGAUAAUCAAACCAAAAGCUAAGGAACUCUCAGUGAUUGACGGGAGACGAGCUCAAAACUGCAUCAUCUUAUUGUCCAAAUUGAAAAUGACAAAUGAUGAAAUUGCAAAAGCCCUGAUGUCAAUGGACCAGAAGGAAGACAUUCCUAAAGAUAUGCUAGAACAGCUCCUGAAAUAUGUACCCACAGCGGAAGAAGUCAGCUUAUUAGAAGAACACAAACAUGAAAUUGAUCAGAUGGCCAGGGCGGAUAGAUUCCUGUUUGAAUUAAGCAAAAUAACACAUUACGAGCAGCGGUUGAAAGCGCUGUUUUAUAAAAAGAAAUUUGCAGAAAGAAUGGCCGAAUGUAAACCUAAAGUUGAAGCGGUGCUCCAUGCAUCCAAGGAAGUCAUCAAAAGUAAAAGGUUGCAUAAACUAUUGGAAGUAGUAUUAGCCGUCGGGAAUUACAUGAAUCGCGGGCAAAGGGGCAAUGCCGUAGGUUUUAAAGUAUCCAGUUUAAACAAGAUAAUAGAUACCAAAUCAAGUAUAGACAGAAGUAUCACAUUAUUACAUUUUAUUAUUGAAACGUUACAGAAAAAGCUUCCAGAUGUGUACAAAUUAGAAGAUGAAAUUCCUCAUGUUCAUCAAGCAGCUAAAGUCAGUCUUAUAGAACUUGAGAAAGAAAUAACUGUUCUAAAAGUGGGACUCAAAGGAUGUGUUACGGAAUUGGAGUUCCAGAAAAAUAGACUCAAUCCGCGUAGUGAUAAAUUUGUACCGGUGAUGAGCGACUUUGUAACUGUGGCAACCCUUCGGUGCUCUGAACUGCAAGAUUUAGUUACAAGCAUGAAAGAUAAGUACGCCAAAACAUUGAAACAUUAUGGUGAAGACACAAAGAUACCGCCUGAUGAGUUCUUUGGAGUGUUUGAUGUAUUCCUACAGUCCUUCUCUGAAGCUAAGGUAGAUAAUGAAAACUACAAGAAGAAGAAAGCUGAAGAGGAAAAGAGAAGAAGGCUUGAGAUAGAGAGACUUGAAAAGGAGAAACAACGAAGGGCAAGCAAACAGGGUAAACAGGGUCGGAAAGACGGUAACAAGGAAGGAGAAUUUGAUGACUUAAUAUCUGCCCUGAAGACUGGCGAUGUGUUUGGCGAAGACAUUGCCAAACUGAGAAAGAACAGAAAGCGUCAAGUACCAAGUAAAAAGAUGGAAUUUAGCCGUGAAAGGAUUGGCGCCAAGGGAAAGAAAUAAAGUUGUUGAAUUGUGUGACCGUUUUUGGUAACUUGUUGCAUUCAAUGACAUGUUAUGCCGGUGUAACAUUGUACGUGCUGUGUACUGUGCUGUGUUGUGAUGUAUUUACUGGUAUAUGCAAUGUGUAAGGAGUUUGCAAUAUUUUGACACUGUUCUAAGUGAAAGAACAAACUUGACAAUGUGAUACCCGAGAUAUCAAUCAUAGCCGACAGCAUCUUGUGAAGCAAUGUUGAUUCCCAUGGGGGGGGGGGGGGGAAACGAACUUGACAGUAUGACACCUGACAUAAUAGUCAACAACAUUUUGUAAAUCAAUGUUGAUUCUAAUGGAUUUCAUUCGUACUACUAAUUGCAUUAAAAUCAAAAACAAAGAAAGGUAUAUUUAUUCAGUCACAAAGACAUCGCUAAUAUGAAAAAGGCAUUCUUGUUUUUAUUUCAAGUUUUAUUUUCAAUUUUGCAUUCUCAAUUUGCCAUUUUUUUUUUUACAUGAGGCUGCAUAAUUUUUUUUAAGUGUUUACCUAAAUUUAGUUGCAGUAGAAACAAAAUCACAAAAAAAAAAAAAAACGGGCAUCUGUCGGCCAUGCAAAUGUUUAUUGCAAGGGUUGGAAUGUCCUAACACCAUAAGGUUUCGUAAUCCUUAUUAACCAAAUUAAAUGACUACAAGACCAAAGGCAGUUUAUGCAGACUGUAAAAUUUUUUUUAUUUUUGCUCAUCACAGUGAUGUGUGACAUUAAAAGUUAGGGUUGGGAGAUAAUAUAUAGAGUUUGUUUUUGUUUUUAAAAUUUUUGCUGUGCUGUGCCAUGCACAAUAAAUAAUAUUACCAAUGCCAAUAUUGAGAUGUACUUAAAACUGCCACAAUUAAGAUAGCUUAUACAAAUUAUUAAUUGGUGUGACAGCUAGGAUUGAUUGAGCAUUAAUAUCAAGAGAUUUAUUUAUAUAUUGUGCAGCACAGCUGCCAAUGAUGAACCAGGGGCUCUGAUAUAGCUAAUGUUACUUACCAUACUUUGUGUGUCAGAUGUGUACAGGAUACAAUGCAUUAUGUCAUAGCUUUGUGAUUGUUACUGUAGUCAGCUUACUGAUUUAAUGUUUCAUACAUUAUUCCACUGUUAAAUCCCACUACAUCUCUAUUUGUGAUGACAUUUUAAUUCUGUAUCGUACUGUCGGCUCAUUACUGCCUGUAUUGCAUGCCUUGUUUUUGUCAAAGGUAGUUAGUUAAUCUGUACUGUCGGCUUGUUACUGCCUGCCUGCUGCCUUGUGUUAGUCAAUGGUAGUUAGUGAUUCUGUAUCGUACUGUCCGCCUAUUACUGCCUGCCUGCCUGCCUUGUGUUUGUCAAUGGCAGUUAGUGUAACCCAGAAAGUAUUAUUAAAAAACGGUCUGGAUGUUUAUCCGAUUUCUUUUCGGUUUUCAAAAUAAAAACAAAUUUUUCAACUUAAUAAAUAUUGUAUCACCAUUCAUGGUUGAAAAUGCAAAUUACAAGUGUGGAACGAGUCUGGUUGCUUGAUUCCGUUGUUGAAUAGUUUUCUAUUCUAUAGAUGUUAUCAGGAUGUACACGUUUCAAAGUCUAAUUAUGCAUGAUUAACUAUGUAUGAGUGUGAUUGGUGGCGCUCGUUGCAUGCAUCAACCUUUAUCCUGCCAGUCAUUUUAUACUGUUUUGACCAGAUGAGGUUUAACGCUGAACUCAGAAGUGUUUAUUCCACUGCUUUGUACAAAGUGAAUUACUUUUAACAUUGCUUGUUGAACACUAACUCAAUGUAUAAACAUUAUAUGUUCAGCUUGUGACGCUGCAGUUACUCUCCGACAACUAAAAGAACAGAUAAACAACCUCUAUUGAUUCCAUUUCAUGAUUUUUGGUAGCUUAGCCAAAGAUGGCCGUAAUUACUUAGUUACGAGUAUACGCAUGAUGACACAUUGCCGACCCUGACGGAAAUCAAAUUUUAGUUGGGAUGGUUCAUGACUUGUUCUAUUAGUUGUCUGAGGCUCAUUGUAUCACUGUGACAAUACAUGGUAGGUGUGUAGUUUAUCACCGGUUUGAAGUGUUAUAUUCUAGUAUGUAAACAUUGUCUUGUAUUCAGAUUGGUCAUCAUACCAAUAUUCAAGUACAUCUCCAUUAUCAAAUCUACAUGUCUAUUUUUUUUUUUCAUGUAAUUAGUUUUAACAAGUUCUUAAACGGCGUAUAUUAUUUUUAUUUAGUACAUACAAAUCUAUAUUUUGGCAUUAUUGUAUAUUUUAUUAAAGAAGUUAAAUUAUUAGUCUUCAGUUUAAUACUACAAUCAUGUAUACUGGAAUUUUUGAACAUUCCCUGUAAUAAUUAUUACAAUUUUUUAACAAUCAAAGUGGGCAGGGGUGGGAGUAUUGCCUUUUGUUGUUGUUAAGGUACUGGACAUACUUUCUUAGUGGUUGCUGGUACCCCAUUAUUUGAAAGUGUUAAAUUUUGCUUUCUCCUCUUUGAGAUAAAAUCGUCAUCUCAAAACUAAGCAAAACAUGUUUCUGUUCUUUAUUUAUAUUAAUUCUUCUGCACAAAAAUCUGUUGUGUCUUUGAAGCUCAGUACUCGGGGGUUACUAAAUAUUCUUUCAUUGAGAGAUUUUAUAAUAAUUAUGCUCAACUUAUCCUUUUUAUAUGCACUGUGAUGGUAAUUGACAAAGAAAAGUGUUAGAAUUUUGUCACAUGAACAAGGAACUGUGUGUUGUUUUGCCAUAAACCAAUUCUUUGAAAUUCAACGAUUUCUCUUUCUUUUUCUUAUAUAUUUUUUGAAAAUGUAUUUAUCGACUCCAAAGCCGUUGUGAUCUCUUAUGUAAGCAAGAAGAUCAGGGUGGGAAUGGGGCAACUUGUGAAUAAGAAUUUCAGUGUAAAUUGUCAUGUAUCCUUAUGCUUAUUGCCAGUGUGAACUUUGGUUUGUUCCACUGCUAAAGGAACUAUUGGCUACAUGUUGAUAUAAAUAUACAUGUGUACAAUCAUUAUUGUCUCUUGAUAAUUAUUCUCACUGAGGGAAGCAGGUAGGAUGUCUUGCUGUACCUACAACCUCUUAGACUGUUGGUCGUACCUAAUAUUAAUCUGUCAUUAUUAAUAAAGAUUGUGUAUAUAUAUGUAA